CUGCACAUCCAACUCCGGUCAGCUUCAGCAUCCUCCCUUUUAUGAGCAUUCUCCUCGGUGUCGGAUUUAAUAGGUUCUUCAAUUGCUCCGGUGUCUACAUGACAGCCGUUUAGGAAUGCACGUACAGUCAACAGAAAGGAACACCAUGGCGAGAAACCGUAAAGACAGAGACAGCUGGGGGUCCUUCACAGACAAAGCCACCUACGACUGGAGCUCGGAGGAGGAGGAGCCUGAUGGAAGUGCGCGGCCCAUCCAGGUGCUGGUUGUCAAGGACGACCACACCUUUGAGCUGGACGAGGCGGCGCUGAGCCGGAUCCUAUUGGCCGAAGAGGUCCAGGACAGGGAAGUGGUGGCCAUAUCUGUGGCCGGGGCGUUCCGCAAGGGCAAGUCCUUCCUCAUGGACUUCAUGCUGCGUUACAUGUACAGCCAGGCGUCUGAGGAGUGGCUGGGGGAGGCAGAGGAGCCUCUGACAGGGUUCUCCUGGAGAGGUGGAUCUGAGAGAGAGACCACAGGGAUUCAGAUCUGGAGCGAAGUCUUUCUGGUGGACAAGCCAGAUGGACGCAAGGUGGCAGUUCUACUGAUGGAUACCCAGGGCACGUUCGACAGCCAGUCGACGUUGAGGGAUUCAGCCACUGUGUUCGCACUAAGCACUAUGAUCAGUUCCAUGCAGGUGUACAACAUCUCCCAGAAUGUCCAGGAAGAUGAUCUUCAACACUUACAGCUCUUCACUGAGUAUGGCAGACUAGCCAUGGAGGAGACGUUCCUUAAACCAUUCCAGUCCAUGAUAUUCCUAGUCCGGGAUUGGAGUUUCCCUUACGAGUUUGGCUACGGACAGGAAGGAGGCAUGAAGUUCCUGGAGAAGAGGCUCAAGAUCUCUGAGAACCAGCACGAGGAGCUGCAGAACGUUCGUAAACACAUCCACUCCUGCUUCACCAACAUCUCCUGCUUCCUGAUGCCUCACCCCGGACUCAAAGUGGCCACCAACCCGAACUUCGACGGCAGACUCAAAGAGAUCGACCGUGAGUUCAUCAACAACCUGCAGAUCCUGGUCCCGUGGCUGCUGAGUCCUAAGAACCUGGAUGUCAAGGAGAUCAACGGCAGUAACAUCACCUGUAGAGGCCUGCUGGAGUACUUCAAGGCAUACAUCAAAAUCUACCAGGGUGAGGAGCUGCCACACCCUAAGUCCAUGCUGCAGGCCACAGCAGAGGCCAACAACCUGGCAGCAGUGGCAGCAGCCAGGGACCUGUACAACAAGAAGAUGGAGCAGGUGUGCGGUGGGGACCGGCCCUUCCUGGCUCCGGCAGAGCUCCAGGCCAGACAAAGUGACAUCAGAGAGGAAGCCCUCCAGGUGUUCCGAGGGGUCAAGAAGAUGGGAGGGGAGGAGUUCAGUCGACGCUACCUGCUACAGCUGGAGGGAGAAGUGGACGAGGUGUUCGUUCAGUACAUCAAGCACAACGACUCCAAGAACAUCUUCCACGCCGCCCGCACCCCGGCCACGCUGUUCGUGGUCAUCUUCAGCAUGUACGUGGUGGCGGGCAUCACGGGCUUCGUGGGGGUGGACAUCAUCGCCAGCGUGUGUAAUAUGAUUCUGGGCCUGGCGCUGAUCACCCUGUGUACCUGGGCUUACAUACGCUACUCUGGGGAGUACCGAGAGCUGGGCCAGGUCAUCGACCAGGUGGCUGGAGCCUUCUGGGACCAGGGAAGCACAAAUGAGGCUCUAUAUAAGCUGUAUACUGUUGCAGCCAGUCACAGGCACCUGUACCACCAUGCGUUCCCUGGCCCCCAGGCCCCCGGAGAGAUGAGCGAGACCCCUGAGGAACCCACCAGGAAGAGGAACUGACCUGGCGACCUGAUUGGCCAGAGCACAGCAGGGACUGCUGGGUAUCUCUUCAAUAGCAUGAUGGAUAGAGAGGGGGGGGGGAGGAGGGGGAGGAGAAGCAGGAAGGAGGGGGAGGCAUCCUCACCCGUUGGACAUUCUUUUACUAUGGUAUUGGCUGGAACAGUCCAGUGAAGCGUUCACUAUUUUAAAUCUUAAUGUGGACAAUGUAAUGUCCCAGAGGUAGUGGCACAAUCUCCCUUUGAACUGGGUUGCUUGGCCUGUUGCCUUCAUAAUAAUGGGUAUUUCACAUAUCAUUGUCUUUCACAAACCACAUUCAACCUUUUCUGUCUGUCUGUCUGUCUGUCUGUCUGUUUGUCUGUAAGUAAGUAAAUCUGUAAAUACACGCAGAACAGCAGGCAAAGAGGUGUACAGAUCACACUCCACAUGCAAAUUCCUAAUCAGCAGUUUUGUUUGGACUGAGGUGCAGUAAGUUACAGUUAACUGCUGAUUUCGUUGUGUUUACUACGCGAGAUAGCAUGACGGACGUCAGCACUGACAGUUCAUGGCAUCACCAUCACUUUAGAAUGUUAUCUGUCGGAAGACAAUGCUUCUGAGUUCAUGAAUGGGAGAUUUCCUGAGCAAUGCCAUUGAGGAGGAUCAAAUUAACCUCUGACCUAUAACAGAAUGGUGGUCCAUGUAUAUUGAUUUUCAUGUUUUAUCAGGUUAAGUGCUGCUUCUCUAAGGAAUUUAUUCCAUGUUUGAAAGCCAAUGGUUGUGUCCCAAAUGGCACCCUCUUCCCUAUAUGGUUCACUACUUUUUCUUUUACCAGGGCCCAUAGUGCUCUGGUUAAAAAUAAUUUUAUUUUACUAGGCAAGUCAGUUAAGAACAAAUUAUUUUUAACAAACGGUCUACCCCGGCCAAACCCUAACGACACUGGGCCAAUUGUGCGCCGCCCUAUGGGACUCACGGGCCGGUUGUGAUACAGUCUGGAAUCGAACUAGGGACUGUAGUGACGCCUCUAGCACUGAGAUGCAGUGCCUUAGACCACUGUGCCACUCUGUAGGGAAUAGGAUGUCAUUAGGGACACGUACAAAGUCUUUGUUUAAAUAUACCUAUUUUUGUCAGCAUGGUAACUCAUCAGUGUCUACCAUUUUAGGCUCUCCAAGCUUAUCUUCAGUGCGGUAUAUUUCUUGACAUUUCACAUGUUUAGAGCUUGUACUUGACCGGGAACUUUGUUUAUUUUUGUAAUAUAGGUACUGCGUGCCAAUGUCAUGCAACUACAGUUUCAUAUACAGUGGGGGGGAAAAAAGUAUUUGAUCCCCUGCUGAUUUUGUACGUUUGCCCACUUACAAAGAAAUGAUCAGUCUAUAAUUUUAAUGGUAGAUUUAUUUGAACAGUGAGAGACAGAAUAACAACAACAAAAUUCCAGAAAAACGCAUGUCAAAAAUGUUAUAAAUUGAUAGCUACGACAGCACUCACACACCUGCUGCAUUAUGAUACCACUUGUUGGGCAGAACACAAGCAUCCAUUGUCUAUAAAACAAACCCCUCACACAUGUUUUGGUUUGGGGAGCUGGGGUGAGCUGUCUGUACUCCCUUAGUCUGUACCCAUGAUGUCAGAGUAUCAUACACAGAGAUUCAAAUAGGGCCCUAUUCAGACUUGAGAUAAGUUGACUUAAAAAAAAAAUGCUGACUUAAGUCCAUGUUCUCUGAAUCGGGCCGAUAUAGCCUAUGUUGUCUCUAUGGUCACACAUUUAGCCUGGAACAGAAUUGACUGCCGGGGCUGAGAUCAAGAGUAAGUCACUGGAUAGUUUAGUAGAUAUGGACCAGUGAGUAGGCGGCGAUGGGCCGGCUAGGUGAGUAGGCGGCGAUGGGCCGGCUUAGAGGUAGACAGAGAAAUAUAGAACAUUAUAAACAGUUUCACUACAGUUGACUAUAUUCUAUAUAUAUUAUAUUUGUCUCUAUCACUUCAUACUAGUCUGCUUCUUGCACGAUUUGGUAAAAAAAUGAUAUUUUAAACUGGAUAAUGAGGGCUGGGGGAGAAUAGAUGGUAGUAGAUAGUGGGGGGAAUAGAUGGUAGUAGAUAGUGAGGGAAUAGAUGGUAGUAGAUAGUGGGGGGAAUAGAUGG